GAUAGGGCCCAUGUGUUUUUUUAAACUCCAAACAGAGGAAUGAGAACAGACUGAACCUGAACGAUGCUCAAAUUUACACAUCAUUAAUUCAAUUAAUCGCUAUCUUUCUGUUUGAAUUCUCUCCCCCUCCCUCCCUUUGCACUACUUUUCGAUGUCUUUGCAGCCAAAUGACACAGAUUGCUCCAGUUCAGACGGUGUUUGUCCUCUUCGCUGUGACAGUUUUGAUAUUGAGUGCUACGUGAUUGACAAUAAUGGCUUUGUCUUAAUUUCGAAACAACGCAGUGAUGCUGGAAGAUUCUUUGGUGAAAUUGAUGGAUCAGUGAUGACAACACUGAUAAGAAUGGGAAUGUUCAAAAGGGUGUCCUUGUUCGACUACCAGGCCAUGUGUAAGAUCAACACGCACUCCGUCAGCAGUGCACAAUCAUUUUUCAGCCCAUUUCGUGGUUUAGCUUCAGCCCUCAAAUGGUUCCUCUCCAACUUCCUAUUGUUUCUCCUGGAGUUUAAUAUCUGUGGCUUUUGGGACACGGAGCAUUUUGCAGAUGCAAAGGCAUCUUUCAGUGUGUCCUCAGCACACAAGAAAAAAGGUGACAUCCUGCAGCCGUGUGACACGGAGUACCCCAGCUUUGUCUAUGAGCCGUCAGUCAAGGAGACCAACAGCAUUAUCAGAUGUGGACGCUGCCAGAAGAUGUUUGUGGUGCAGCAGGUACCUGAGAGCAACCUGCUGAUGCUGGUGGUGCAGGCAGACUGCGACUGCUCCCGACAGUACCCACCCAUCACCCUGGAGCCUGAAGAGGUGCGAUAUAACGCCUCAGUGAAGUGUGACAGGAUGCGGUCACAGAAGAUUCGCCGGCGCCCUGAAUCUUGCCAUGCCUAUCACCCUCAGGAGAACGCCGAUGACUGCGGAGGAGUGGACAUCAUAUCGCUGUCGGCCUCACUGCUCCUUGCUUCCCUCUCCUUCUCUGUACUCGUCUCCUGAUGUUGGACAACUUUGCUGUUUCACGCAUUUGCAUGCGAAGCAGUAAAGAUGAAACAAAACGACAAAAUCUGGAGACUAGUCUGGACAAUGAUCACCACAACUGGAUUUAAAAAAACAACAAAAAGUUGUGGUUUAACACAUUUGAAAACAUUUUGAUGGAUAUUCGAUGUGGAAAUGAAAUCUGAGCUGAGAGCUGCAAAAAGCAUGAUAAUGAACCUUUUCAUGCAUGAAAACUAUCUCAUACUGCUUUUCCAUUUUGCAUCUCAGAAUGAGGGGAACUAAACGAUACAUUUGUACACUGAGAUUUUGCAACUGCAUAAUGAGAAAAAUGCAACUGCAAGCAUGUGCACAUCCAGUACAUU